GAUUUUGAGAAAAUUUAUUAGAGUACAAAUUAUUCAGGCAGUCCUGUGUGUGGAAACAUCUGUAUCUAAAUGCGAACGGUCGGGAGAUGGGACUCUGUUUGGUUGGACUGUUGGGCUUUAAGACUUAGGCAAGGACCACAGUGCAGUGCUACAAUGCCUAACACAAACUAGGUUAAGGUUCUGCUCCACAUCGGUGGUCAGGAUGCUGAUCGAGAUGGAAUCCCACAGCCGACUGUGGAAAUGCAAGACUGAUGGUUAGCCACCAUGGGAUUUCCAUUCUGCGCCGUUAAGGGAUGGCAGAGACUUUGACCUAAGUCAGGAUGGUUGGAAUUUGGGAGAGCUUGUUCCUGAAGCAGACAGGUCACUGUGAUGAGGAAAAUGCUCCAUGUACUUUGCAACAUGAGCACUGGCACUGACCUGCAGGUGUGUCUGACAGGGGUUGUCUCUGUGCCUUGGCUGUCCUUCAGGGUUGUGACAGUUGCAGGUAACAUUCCAAGCUCCUCUGUUGACAGUUGCUUAUUUCCUUCUCUUGUGGUUGCUCUUCAGAAUGGUUAUUGUCCAGAAGUUGGGCAGUUUUAUGUUCUUGGUCUUUAGCUCCUGAAGACGCUCACACUGGUUAACUGCACCUGGUGCUCACCUGAAUCGGAGGGUUUGGAACUGGCGUGGUGAAAUUUGGGAGGCCUAUUUCUUUGGAUUUUUAUUUAUUGAUUUCAUUGUUUAUUUUGGCUGUUGAGAAGUGGGUGUUGGUUUUUGUCUUGCCUGCAGAUGAAGUAUUUGACUAGGGGAAUCUGUUGCUGUGGGAGCGAUGGUGUCAGGAGGUGCCCAUUGGGCUGCUGGAGCCUGUCUUGGUAUUACUUCAGUGGUUUUUAAGAUAGCUUUUUCUUAGUCUUAGCUGUUAUGGAAUAGCCACAUGCCAUAAAUAUGUUGUCCAGAUAAAUACUCUUCAUAUGAAUACAAAUUAUUAUUACUACUACUUAGAAGCUUCUCAGACUUCUGCCACUGUGGCUCUAAACUCCCUGUUACGGUGAUGGCAGCUGCAGCUUUGCAGAUGCACGUUUAUCUGCUUUGUUCUGGUUCAGUUGGAGACUUUUCUCAGGUUUUCAUGGUUCCGUUUUAAGGUAAAGUAACUGUCUUGUGUCUAUUAGUUUUUCCCCUAAAGUUUGCAUCAGGAAAGUGCAGUUCCUCUAAGCAGUUUGUAGGGGAACCAGUCCUGCUUCUGGCUUUUAUAGGCUCUUCUGAAAGGGGAGAGCUGCGAUUGAGUCGCUUACAGCAGCGGGGAAGAUGUCUUGCAGCUGUGCUGUUUGGUUCUGCUCCAGAGAUAGGAUCUGUGUGCACUAUCAGACAUCUUAAAGCCCGCCCUGGAAAGGGUUCGGCUCUGUAAAGGGAGUACUGUUCAUCACCUCACAUGUGCUUAUGGGGUCUGUCGGUGCUGCUGGGCUUCAUUGGUUUGUCUCGUGAGCUGAGCUUGUAGUAGACACAGGCCUCUCAGUUUCAGAAUGGGGAUCACAGUUGUAGUCUCUGCCUUGUAAAAUCAGUUUAGUCGGGCCCUUGGCAAACACUGAUGAGAACAAGUCGCCCGCCCUUAGACUCUUCAGCUUUAGUGGUGAGUUUCUCAGUUCUGCAUCAUACAGUCAGGCACAUUGACACUCGUUUGGUCGUGUUCCUCAUGGUAGGUUACUAAGUACUGACUUACAGAUCAUGCUUAUAUAUCAGAAGAUGAAAGAUUAUACAGGAAAUUCCAAACAUUGAGAAGUUAAAAAAACAGAAGGAAACAAUGCCUUCUCAUUGGACAUUGUUUAGCCUAACGGAUUCUGCACUUCCUGUUUAUUUACAUGCAUUCUGGGGGAAUCGUCACUUAUUAGAAGAGAUUUUUCCCCCCUCUUUUCUAAGACGUGCUUUAAAGUUAUGUAAGUGGAGUGUGUUGUCAUCCUCUCAGCUGUGAAGUGUGUGGUAGCUGCUGCCUCCCUACCUCUUCCUUGGUGCUGGCUGUCAGAGCUCGAGGCCUGCUUACCUCUCCCUCCUGCACCACACUUUCCUAGCAUCCUUAACCUCGUGGGUCCCUGCAGCUGCUGUCCUGCGUGAGUCUGGACGCCUCACCCAUUCGGAUGGACCUUGCACUGCUCCAUGAGGCUCCUUAAAAGUUCAUUGGGAGUGUCUUCCUUGUCCCCUUUGCCCCGGGGAGCUCUACCCACUCUGAUACUGCCUACCUACCUAGGAGCCUCUGCUGUCCCAUCACACCCAGCCUUUUUGGUUGAGUAGUAUGUAGGCACUUCAGUCCAAGUACCAUCCAGGCAGAUUUGAUCCCCUUGUUCUAUUUCCUGGUCCUUUCGGAAGUUUCUCUAAGCCCGCAGUAUCCCUAUUUGGCAUUUGACUUCAAGCAGCCUAGGAGCUCUGCUCUCCUUUCCUCCCACAGCUGAGCUUACUAUCCAGUCAUGUCUGCUUGCUCACCAAACAGUUCUGCACCCCACCUCUCUGUUUGUACUUCGGUUGCCCCGUCAGGGAUCGUUGGGGCGAGCAUUAUAUCAGCUUCCUUUCAUUGUAUCACUUGUUCUCAAAUGUCUGCCAGAGCAGUCUUCCAGAGACACAGAGUUAAUAUUAUUUUCCAUCGCCUACAGGGUUGAGUGAGAACAUCUGAGUUCAGUACUGACCGUGCAUUGUUUGGCUGUUGCUUCCGUUUUCCCAUCUCCACUCCCCACCCCAUGUUCCAGGCCGAUGAGGUACUCCCCGUUCUCAACAGCACAUUUAUCUUUAACGUCCCGGGCCCUUCCCCACUGUUCCCACAGUCUGGAAUGUACUUACGCCCACAGAUCCUCUGCUCAGGCCGGGAUGCUCCUUCUUAUCCCUCAAGGUCACCUUGGGAGCCUUCUCCCGCACCAGUCAGUUACUGUUGCGUUGUCUGUGCUUCCCUUAUCAUGCUUACAGCUGUGUACUCCAGCCCUCCUCCCACACAGCCAGGAGCUGGAGAUCUCCUAGGCCAAAGUCUUGAACAGUGUACAGGCCUGCUAGCACACUUGAGUGUUGGACGGAGGGCACUGGGUUGACAGCGCAUUCUUGCUCAGGUUACCAUGGAGUUCCAGGUAGGAUGCUAGUGAAGCUGCGGUUGGGAGCCGGAGACCUCCAGAAGGACAUCAGCAGCAGAAGUGCUGAGAGGUAGCCUGAGCUCAGGGGUGCACCUCCCAGGCUGUGCUGGACUGAGCGCCAGGCACUGCCCCUCAGGUCACACCUUCAUGUUCCUAAUAGAAGCAAUCAGUGUUCCGCUGUGUAUAACUUGAUGCUUGUCUUAGAACUUGUUUGCAUUGUGUGUGGACAGGAGUGAGGACGAAGGUCUGAGGAUGGCCCCAGGAGUCCCAGGCAUUGAAUUUCGGUUGCCAGGCUUGGCAGCAAUCACUGUUACUCACUGGACCAUGUGGCCUCUUUAUGUUAACGGUAGCUAAAGGCUGAGGGAUGUCUAUGUUCUUUGUGAAUGGGUGAACAUUGUGUGUGGGUUUGUGCACAUGUGUGUGCCCGGUGAGGCCAGCGCUUGUCGUUGGAUGUCUUUCUUGGUUGCUCUCUUCAUUAUUUGUCAAGACAGACUCUCUGAAGCUGGAGCUUACUGACAGCUUAGGCCUGUUCGUCAGUGAGCCUCAAGGAGCUGCCCAUCUUCUCUUGGCCCUCCCCCACACUGCCAGGCCUCCAGCUGCACUGCACUAAGAGCAGCCCUGUGUGGAUGCUGUGGGCCCAGCCUCAGGGCUUCCUCCCCAGUGAUGGCUGUUUUAAAAGCCAGACGAGGAGAGAUUUGACGAGAACUGCAGGAGGUGGGUUAGUUUGCAUUUUGCAUAUUGAGAAAAAAAUAAAUCAGCUUGGUUAGACAGAUUAUUAUAUUUGAAUAUCUUUUUAAAAAUGAAAUUAAUAUUGGACGAAUUCAGCCAGAGAAAGACUCUGACAAUUCUGACCGUCGAAGGCUUUUGCUAGUCUCUUGCCUUCUGGCAGUGUUAGCACUUCACUGACAGCAACUGUGGUCAUUCUCUACCGAUCCUAAUGCCAGCCUGCUAAAGCCUUCAGUGGCCGAUCCCUUCGUUCUGUAGCCGUAGGUAAGGGCAGUGGUUUGAGUGUAAGUUUAAUGUUCUCCCAGGUGAAAUAGAUAGAUAGGAGUGUUUUGCCUGCGUGUAAGUGUCCGAGGAGAAGGUGCUGGGACCCCUGAAAUGGAGUCACGACUGUGAGCUGCCCUGUAGGCUGGGAAUGGACCCCAGCCCUCCACAGGCUUGGUAAAUGCUCCAUCCUGGCCACUAGCGUCCGCUUUAGCCUGAAGAGUGUAAGCUGUAACCAUGACUACUGAAGUUGCCUCUGCAUCUGAAGUGAAGAAGGGCUCUGACCCAUCGGGAGCAGAUGCCCACAAGGAGAAAGCUAAAGAAGUAGUAGAGAAUGAGCAGACUGCAGCGUCUGAGCUGGACGAAGGGAAAGCCUCCCAGCCAGGCCCUACAGCUGAAAGCCAAAGCAGUCCCCACCGGCGGAAGCGAGGGAAGGAUCCAUCUGAGAACAGGGGCAUCUCUCGCUUCAUACCCCCAUGGCUUAAGAAGCAGAAGUCUUACAGCCUUGUAGUAGCCAAAGAUGGCGGAGAUAAAAAAGAGCCUACUCAAGCUGAUGGGGAAGACCAGAUCCUAGACAAAGAGGAUACCCUUCCCGAAGAAGAGAGUCGGGCCAAGGGGGAUGCAGAAGAAAUGGCUCAGAGGAAGCACCUGGAGGUUAAGGUGGAGGUCAGGGAAGAAAAAUCAGCCUUGAAAAGCAGUGCUGAGAUCCAGCCUGCUGAACAAGUGAGGAAGGACAAGGAGGAGGAAGUGAUACAGGAUAUACAGGAAGAGAAACUGGAAGGAGGUGCAGCCAAAAGAGAGACAAAGGAAGUUCAGACAAGUGAGCUGAAGGCAGAGGUGGCCUCUCAGAAAGCCGCCAAGAAGACCAAGACUGUCCUGGCCAAAGUGACCCUCCUAGAUGGCACAGAAUUCAGCUGUGACCUUGAGAAACGCGCUAAGGGACAAGCGUUGUUUGACAGAGUGUGUGAGCACCUGAACCUCUUGGAGAAGGACUACUUUGGACUUAUAUUUCAGGAGCAUCCCGAGCAGAAAAACUGGCUAGAUCCUGCAAAGGAAAUAAAGAGACAGCUGAGAAGUCUUCCCUGGCUGUUCACUUUCAAUGUGAAAUUUUACCCUCCGGAUCCUUCUCAGCUGACUGAAGACAUCACCAGAUACUUCCUAUGCCUUCAGCUGAGGCAGGACAUCUCCUCUGGCCGCCUGCCCUGCUCCUUUGUGACUCACGCCCUCUUGGGGUCCUACACCCUGCAGGCUGAGCAUGGGGACUAUGACCCAGAAGAGUAUGACAGUAUUGAUCUUGGUGACUUCCAGUUUGCCCCAACCCACAACAAGGAGCUGGAGGAAAAGGUGGCAGAACUGCAUAAAACUCACAGGGGCUUAUCUCCAGCCCAGGCUGAUUCUCAGUUCUUAGAAAAUGCGAAGAGGCUUUCCAUGUACGGCGUUGACCUGCACCAUGCCAAGGACUCUGAAGGUGUGGACAUCAAGCUGGGUGUGUGCGCUAAUGGCCUUCUCAUUUACAAAGACAGACUGAGAAUCAAUCGCUUUGCUUGGCCGAAGAUUUUGAAGAUUUCCUAUAAGCGAAGUAAUUUCUACAUUAAAGUUAGACCAGGAGAGCUGGAACAGUUUGAGAGCACCAUUGGAUUCAAACUACCAAACCACCGGGCAGCUAAAAGGCUAUGGAAAGUCUGUGUGGAGCAUCACACUUUCUACAGACUCGUGUCUCCAGAGCAGCCACCAAAGACCAAGUUCUUGACCCUGGGGUCCAAAUUCCGCUACAGUGGCCGCACGCAGGCGCAGACACGAGAAGCAAGCACCCUCAUAGACAGGCCGGCGCCACAGUUUGAGCGCGCCUCUAGUAAGCGCGUCUCGAGGAGCCUAGAUGGAGCCCCGAUUGGUGUUGUGGACCAAAGUCUUAUGAAGGAUUUUCCGGGCCCUCCUGGAGAGGGAUCAGUGCCUGGCCCUGGAGUUGUCAGCUAUACUACAGUCCAGGAUGGCCGGAGGGACGGCAAGAGCCCAACUAAAGUCACACCCCUGCUCGCUGAGGGAAAGAGUUCACAUGAGACUCUGAAUGUAGUGGAGGAGAAGAAGCGGGCAGAGGUUGGGAAAGGCGAAAGCGUAAUCACAGAAGAAAUGAAUGGUAAAGAGCUGUCACCGGGGAGUGGUCCUGGGGAGACUCGUAAGGUGGAGCCUAUGGCACACAAAGACUCCACCUCCCUGUCUUCUGAGAGCAGCAGCAGCAGCAGUGAGAGUGAGGAGGACGUGGGCGAGUACCAGCCCCACCACCGAGUGACCGAGGGCACCAUAAGGGAAGAGCAGGAGUAUGAAGAAGAGCUGGAGGAAGAACCCGGCCAAGGCGCCAAGGUAGUAGAGAGGGAGGCAGCAAUGCCUGAAGCCAUCCCAGACAGACAAGCAGGGGCCAGUGUGCUCCCGGUAGAGACAGAGGCCCAGGAAAAUGUAGUUGCCCAAAAGUUACCUGGAGAGAAGGGUGCACACCGAGGCACUGCUGAGCAAGACAUGAGCGAAGAAGCCGAGGAAGACCAGCACAGAGUUAAUGGAGAGGUGCCCCAUCUUGACAUUGAUGGUUUGCCAGAGAUUGUGUGUCCUUCAGAGCCACCAGUGGUAAAAACAGAGAUGGUAACAAUUUCUGAUGCCUCACAAAGGACAGAAAUCUCCACCAAGGAAGUCCCCAUUGUUCAAACUGAGACCAAAACCAUCACAUAUGAGUCUCCACAGAUUGACGGCGGGGCUGGUGGUGAUUCGGGCGUGUUACUGACCGCACAAACCAUCACAUCUGAGUCCGCGUCAACAACGACCACCACACACAUCACCAAGACUGUGAAAGGUGGGAUCUCAGAAACACGGAUUGAGAAACGCAUUGUGAUCACAGGAGACGCGGCUCUGGAUCAUGAUCAGGCGCUGGCUCAGGCCAUACGGGAGGCCAGAGAGCAACACCCUGAUAUGUCGGUCACAAGGGUGGUAGUGCACAAAGAGACAGAGUUGGCGGAGGAAGGAGAAGACUAAGAAAGUCUUUUUUUAAACAACAUUUAACUUCAUGAGUCUGAAGAACUUUGACCAUUCCAAGUCUUAACGCCACACCACUACUCCAGCAGCAAAAUUGUACUCCGGCAAUGACCAGAAGCCUGAAGAAUUAAAAGCCAACAGCAAACUGUACCUUAACAGCUCUGGUCUCUACUCUCCCAUACAUAUCUAAUAUAUUAUUGUUUUAUAACCACUUCUAGACACCCUUGCUCCCCUAUUUUUCUUUCUUUCCCUGCUGUCCUUUUUUUCUUUUUUUUUUUUUAAGUCUUUGUUUUUUAUUAGGGAUUUGUAUUUGUUUCCUGUCCCUACCUGCUUUUUUUGACUCGUUUGAUCAAAUGACAGUGAACAAAGCCAGCCGGGCUGGUAAGGUGCCGUUCACUUGAACAGGUGCUGUUAUGUGGAAAGGAAACUCUGUAACUAAUUUAGAUAGCAAUUUUCAUUCUUCAAGAUUGUUUCCAUUCAACUCUUACAGCGAAUAUUUAGUUUUCAGACUGCAGUAGUUAUACUGCGUGAGAACAUAUUAAUACCGAUUAAAAGCAUUUCUUACAUCUUAAAAUUUUUCUAAUAUUAGGAAGUUUCAUUAUGGAUGAUUUUUACAUUGACCAUUGACCUUCCAGUCCUAUGUCUUUGUACUUUAUUAGAGUCCGAGACUCUCUGGACUGGAGAAUUACGAAGCUCACUGACCGGGUCUGUGUGAGAGACCGUCGGUCCGCAGUGCAGUGCUUCUCAGACAUGCGCUUUGCCACAGCAUUCCAGAGCAGGAGAACCGCUCCAUGUGCCCUUCCUGUUACUAAAAGAAAUCCAGGCAGCUUCGAGCCUUAGAGCUUCCUUUCUUAACCUUCCCUAUCCCAGUUCUUCCCAUUAUCGGAACACUUGAGUAGAACACUCGCUUUGUACGAAACUCCUCUGUCUCCAUGUAAACUGACCCUCUGCCACUGGGCAGGUAUUUCUGAGAUAGUUUGAGGACUCGCAGCUUUGUGGAUGCUGGGGAGACCAGGUUGGGGGACAGUGGGGAUUUGGUUGUAAGAAAGCUGUACCAUGUAAAGCUAACACCAGAGCUGAUAGGGAUUUAUUAACUGUAUUGAACAUUUUCUCAUUUGCUUUUGACUAUGUAUAGUUAUGACGCCUGAUUAGAUUUAUUGCAGCUUCAAGUUGUGUUAAAUGAUAUUUUGCUUUAUGUAAUACUGUUAAAAAAUAAAAGUUUGUUUAUUCUA